GCUGUAUCAGCGCAGUUCCAGAGUCCGCGUCAGAAUACCGUCUUCAAAACAGCUACCCUGAGUCUAGGGAGUAGCCUAUUUCCACUGCAGUGAUGCCAGAAUCCACACAAGAGUUUCCAGACAUUUCCUAUGAUUCUUACAGGAGCAAAGGGAAUCUCCUGGGACAUUACACUCAGUCUACUAACUUUUAUAGUCCGAUAAGUGACUUUUGCACAGAAGACAACAUCCCAGAAUGUAUAUUGUACCUGAACCAAGAGGCUGCAUCCCUGGGUUUCCCUGCUGCCCAGCCAGAUCCCGACGGAGGCGACGGGGCGCUGGACGUGGAUGUGGUGUCCCUGCUGAACAGCAUGUAUGCCCUGCUGGAGCGCCACCACCGGGUCCUGAGGGCCCUGGACCAGCUGGAGGCCGAGAGGCUCCGCAGCGUCGGCGACAUGCAGAGGCAGCAGCUCAACCAGGGCCGGCUCAAGGAUCAACUUGAACUAACCAAGAGGGAAAAUGCAAGACUUCAGGAGAGAGAAAGACAGCUGCAGUUAAAUAUUAAAAGCCUGAAGAAAUCUCUUAAAAAUGAAAAAGAGGAGGUGCAGAAGCUGCAGAACAUUCGAGCAAGUCGCUCUAUGCAGUACAAUCAUGACAUGAAGAGAAAAGAAAGGGAAUACUACAAGCUGAAGGAGCAUUUAAAUCAGCUGUUGAUUGAUAAGAAGGAUAACAAACAAGCUAUUGAGGUUCUGAAUUGUGUGGGUAGAUCAGAUGGAAGAAGAGGUCAGUGGAAAACUAGAAAGACAGAAGCCAGGCAUGAGGAAGAGAUGUACCAGACUCUUCUGAAUGACUUUGAUAACCGUCAGCGAGAGCUGAUGCUGGAGAAUGUAGAACUGCGGAAAGUGCUUCAGCAAAUUAAAAAAGAGAUGAUCAGUAUCUUAAGUCCAAAGCAGUCCAGCUGGAGAGAAGUGAGGCAGGAACACUGCGAAAACCAGGAUGGAGGUUCUGAUGAGGAGGUUGUGUGCGAAGCUGGCCGAGACAGCAUGGAACAGAGCUGUGAGCAAGCCAAAGAAGAGCUCACUAACAGCAUUCGCCAGCAGUGGAGGAAACUCAAACACCACGUGGAAAAACUGGAUAGCCAAGUGUCUUCGGUGCACAUUCAGCAGAAGGACAGUGAGGUCAUGGCCAUAGAGGCCCAUGACAAGGAGAUGGAGCAGCUCCGUCAGGAGAUCCAGCAGUGCAAGGACUUCAUCCACACCCAGCAGCAGCUCCUGCAGCAGCAGCUCAGCUCCCCCUGUGAUGAAGAGACCGCUUCUCUUCUGAAAGACUGCUACAUGCUGGAGGAAAAGGAGCGGCUAAAAGAAGAGUGGAAUGUUUUUGAAGAACAGCGCAAGAACUUUGCUACUGAAAGACAGAGUUUCACUGAUGCAGCUAUCAGGCUUGGCCGUGAGAGGAAACUCUUUGAAGAAGAUCGUGGUACCUGGCUCAAACACCAGUUUCUCAACUUGUCAUUUGCAGAUCAUGUGAACCAACCAUUGUCAAAGACUACAGGCGUCUUAUCAGAAUAUGUGGAGGUGUCUCCAGCUCCAUCGUCGCUGAGUGAUGUGCUGUCUCAGAUGGUGUUCAGCCCUCCCGAGGGCUUGUCUGUGAGACCGUCGUCCUCCGCCGAGUACCAGCAGACCCACCUCCCUCAGAGCAGGUUCUGAGAACUUAACGCUCAUGCUACAGCUGUAAUGUGCAUAUGGAACCACAUGGGGGCAGCCCAGGGGCAGUUGCUGAACUGAGGGACGCAAACGAUGGCCCACUCUCUGGACAGUGCUUCCCAGCACAGCUUUAUAGUGACAGGCAAGCUGCUUCACAGACUGGAUUUUCAUCAGCUGGUGAAUUUUCUACUGUCACAGUCUGAAACUCCAUGCACUGUUGCUAAAGCAUUUGUUAACAGUAAGAUCACCCCCCCCCCUCCCCUUGAAAGCGGGCAAGUAAAUAUAUGACUAAACAUAGAUGCAAAUAGUUUGUCAUUUUAUUAUUAUUUAUGAUAGAAUCCAAUUAAUGCGGAAAAUGCUAGAUGAGCCAUGUCUUGCCUACUUCAGAGAGCUGACAGAUGCCAUGCAAUUAUUCAUAUAGUGAAUUAAUGUACCUUACCUAAAGUACCUUACGCUUGUGAUUAUUGCUCAUAUAGACUAAAUAAAAACACUUAAUUAAUUAAUUCACAGAUACAGUAAUUUAUGUGUCUGGUUUUAAACAUUUACAUUAUUUUUUGCAGUUUUUGCUUUUUGAGAAGCUUACCACAUUAGUAUAUGUAGUAUGUCUGCCAAUGCUCAGUGGGUGUAAAGAGCUCAUGCAACUCCAUUCCACGUUCUUUAUAAACUUACUGUUUAUAAUUGUAGCAUUACAAAAAUGUAUACACAUUUUACCAGGAGGAAUUGCCAGUUAGUUAUUUAAUGUUUAAUGUUUAUCUUCAUAGGCUAAGUUUGGCUUUUCCCAAAUACAUUGUACUUUUCUUCGUUCUAUGUAUUUGCACUCAAAUGCAGAGCAAUAUGACAGAGGGCUGCUGUCCUUGAAUUAUAACUGUUGCUGAUAAAGUACAUCACAGGAGUAAAAGGUUUAGGUUAAGUUGUGCUUCAUUUAAUGCUUUCAGAUUAAAUCAAUACAUUCA